AGAGAGAGAGGGGGAGAGGUGGAUUAUCAGGACACACAGUGUUUGUCAUGUUCUGGCUAUUCAAGCAUGUAGUUCUCUUUAACAUUCAGUUAGGAAUCCUUCAAGAAGAACAAAUUGCAGGUCAGUAAACUGUAGGUGUGAAAGAUUCAUCAGGAGACUGACAUACUGUGGUGGACCGACAGAUUCAGGAUCACAGCUGCUAUAAAUGCAACACUCUCUUUAGCUGGAAGAGGACCACAUAUCUGAGUGCAUCAUGGAUUUUGUGAUGAAGCAAGCGCUGGGCGGGGCCACCAAAGACAUGGGGAAGAUGUUAGGAGGAGAGGAAGAGAAGGACCCUGAUGCCCAGAAGAAAGAGGAAGAGAGGCAGGAGGCGCUCAGACAACAAGAAGAGGAGCGAAAGGCCAAACAUGCUCGUAUGGAGGCCGAGAGGGAAAAGGUCAGACAGGCCAUUCGAGAUAAGUAUGGACUAAAGAAGAAAGAAGAGAAGGAGGCAGAGGAGAAAGCGGCUAUGGAACAAGCAUGCGAAGGCUCCUUGACUCGGCCCAAAAAGGCUAUCCCAGCAGGCUGCGGGGCGGAUGACGACGAGGACGAGGAGAGCAUACUGGACACCGUCCUCAAAUUCCUGCCCGGACCUCUACAGGACAUGUUUAAAAAGUAACAGACACAAAGCUGUUCCUCAAGAAAGAUGGGUGAGGGGGGAUUUUUGCCAAACAGGUUCACUGCCUUGACGGAAUUUUAUGGAUAGAUACAAAAAUCAUAACCCGACAACGUUUGGUCUUUUCACUGCCAUUCAGGUUCAGAUUGUUUACACUUUCUAUAGUGUUUGUUUACUGAUCACCAUGGCCUUAGGUCCUCAGCGGUCAGCCCCACCAUAACAGCACACUGAUGCUGGGAAUAUGAUGCUUACUUAGAUUGAUUUAUUU